AUGUCCCCAUCACUCGACAGUCCCACAGACACAUCACCUCCCCGCCUCUCCGUCAUCGUAACCGGAGGCGCAAGUGGAAUCGGGUUAGCCAUAACCCGUCACUUCGCAUCCCAAGGUCACAUGGUAGCUGUUCUGGACGUGAACUCAAAGACAGGCCCAGACGUGGUUGCACAAGUAGCAAAGGAAUACCCCAAAGCUCAAGUCAGCUUCAAAUGGUGCGAUGUGUCUUCGUGGGAAGGCCAAUAUGCUGUUUUUGAUCAGGCAUACCGCGAGCAUGGCGAUCGAAUCGAUAUUGUGAUUGCCAAUGCUGGAAUCUCCGAUCCAGUUGUUGGUGCUCUGGAUUGUGUUCCCACUGAAUUUCCGAGGAAGCCGCAGUUGAGGAUGCAGGAUAUCAAUCUAAACGGAGUUAUCUACAGUGUCAGCCUUGCUGUCCAUUAUAUGCUCAAGAACGAGAUAGGCAGCCGCCUCCCAGACUCCAGAGGCUCCAUUGUGUGCACAUCAUCAUCAGCGGCCUUUUACCCAUUCCCAGUCUCUCCACUCUACUCAACCUCCAAAGCCGGUAUCGUGGGUCUUGUUCGAUCAAUGGCAGUCAGACUCCAAGAACCGAAAAUUCAAAUCAACGCUCUUGCACCUGGAGCUUUAGAAACAAACAUUGCUCCCGACAAGGAACUGUUCAGAUUCAUGGUGAUCACACCAAUGUCGACCUUGAUCAGAGCCGUUGAGCAAUUUGUGACGGAUCCGUCGAGGAGCGGCCAGAUAGCUGAACUAAACGAGGAGGAAAUCACACUGAGACCUCAUGUGGAAUAUGCUAAUGCUGGGGCGGAGCACAACAACAAAAUGUUCUGGAAACUGGGUUAUGCUUGA